AUGGCCAGUGAUCACGCCGUGAGCACUUGCGAACUACGAGUGACCGAUCGCUCAUCGCAAGAGGGCUAUGGCAAUGAUUCAGAUCGUGUGGAGUUCCGGUUCAGGGAUGCCAACAACCGGAUCAACCUGAAGUGCGGGCGAACGUCGGUGCCGGGCACGUGGCUUACGGUCAGUCAUAUUUCCGGCCCUGCUUUGAUCAAUACUAUCCAGGCCUGCAGGAACCAACGCGCUCGCGUUGAGGGGCCGGAUCAUGUUCAGCAGUUCGCCCAGCUCUCUGCGGUGAUCGUCCCGUGGUACAACGACGCCAUGGCGAACACGGAAGGCUUGGUCGGCACAUCUACUGCUCCCGGUGGAGAGGGGGAACUUCCACCUUCGUGCUCGCUCGGGAACGAGCUUGCUGCUCAGCGUGGUCCGCCUGCUCUCAUGGAAGAGGCGGCCAAGCAAGCCGUUCGGCAGUUGGGUUCUUCGACUACCGCGGCUCUGACGAACAUGCCGACGUCUGCUCAGCAGGCGUACGACCAGAGGGUGUCGGUGAUCAACCCGGUGCUCGAGGGCGAGGUGCCGCCGGACGAUCACGUCGAGGAGUACAUCGAGGAGGCUAGGGAUCGCCUAAGAGCGGACAUGCGCUUCUCGCGCACGUCGGCCGCGAUCACGCCGCAGGUCUUCACGGACGUCCUCCGCGAUCGUGAGGAGGCGGAGUACCAGAGAUAUUCCACCGUUCGG